AUGGGGAGAUCAUUGCCUCCGUUCAUUUACGGUCCUCCCUCCUCGCAUAGCUUCCAUGGACCGACGGAUCGUCCAUUCAAUCCAAAGGCCGUGACGCAGGCGAGCUGGACUCGUCCGCAGCCAAAACCUAAGCAGAAAGGACCUUAUGUUAGCUUCAACAGACAUCCUGACUCGUAUUCGAACUUUCCUGAUGGAGUGUCCCGCUGGACUCCCAUGAGCCCCAGCACAAAGGGGAGGGUAUUCUAUGGUCGAAGGGUACAGCUUGGUUUGCGUGUGCUGGCAUUACUCGGCGCUCUAGGCUCGCUCUUUUGUGCCAUUGUCAUCAAGAAUGUUGCUGUCUCGAUCAUUUGGAUCAUACGAGUCGGGCCUAUCGUUGCCGUUCUUCAUACCCUCUAUGGAAUCUACCACCUAUGUCGCUCGCCAGUUACCAGACCUGCUGGAUCACAGGCCAGUUACAUGGUCUUUGCGGCAACGCUUGACCUUGGCUUGGUUCCAUACUAUGUCUUCUCCGCAUACAUCGCAUACAAGCAGAUCACCAACAAUGCCUACCACUGGAGCACUCUGCUGAGCGCCGACACUAGUAUCACGGACAAGAUCGCUCAUUCCACUUUCAUCCUUAGCAUUGCCAACGGAAGCUUUCAUUUGAUCUCUCUGUGCAUUUCUGUCUGGUUGGCUUUAAUAUUCCGGCAGAUCUCCCAGCUGCCUCCGGAUCUCAAUCCUCUCGAAGACAAUCUGACUGCUCGUCCUCAUAAACGCAACAAGUCGGAAAUCAACGAAAAGCAUCUCAGCCAGUCUACUGUUGCAUCUGCAACGUCUAUGGAAGAGCCCCUUAUUGGCCCUGCUCGGCAUGUGCCAUUCAUGCACACCCGCAACCAGUCCUCAGAAGAUGGCUCGAGUCGGUUUUCCGUUAUCAACGAGAAGAGGCGAUCACAGCAAUCGAUGUACACCGAUACGGUUGUCCCACCCGUCCCACCUGUCCCUCAGCACUCCUUCCUGGCCCAGAGGGACCAGCAAGCGUCGGUACAAUCACCCUUGGCAGAUUCUCACAGCGACCAUGCUCAGCAAGUUCCUCGUGACCUUCCUGACAGAACUCAAUGCGUGAGCCCAGACUCGGACAACUGGAUCGUCUACCCGUCCCGGUCACCCUCUCCCGCAGAGGCUGGUUUGAAUGAGAACCUAGCCCGUCGAGAACCCUCGUCUGCCUACAGUCAAGCAGAGAGCCUUAUCUCUACAGGUAGCAGCUUCAAGGACUGGCUUACUUCCGCCCAGCGCUACGAACUGCACGUUAACGAGGCAAUCUCGGAGGACGUUCGCGGCGAGUACGAGUCACUCGCUUUGCACGAACACUAUGCGAAUGACGAGGACAUUCACGAUAUCCCUCAGGUGACACGAUUUUACGACAACGCCGAGCAAGACAUUGGCGACCACAACAUCAAUAUCUUCCUGGAUCAUAACGACCGCGAGCGACAAUUUUCGGCCUCCCUCCAGGUCAACCCUCUAGCCCUUAACCCUCCCACCCCACAGCCGGUCCAGGAGGAGACCAACAAUGCAUCCCAUCCCCCGACCCGUGCCCCUCUCACUAAUAUCCCGAACCUCGCUCCUAACCCUCCCGCUUCCCCUCCCUCCCCGGACAGCCCCGAGAAGAAAGGCCGCUUCUACGGAGAACUCAACAAUAAGCAUUAUGUCCCCCGCAGCCCAAGCGAUCAGAACGAUUCCGACUCGCAAAACAAUCUGCACCGGAAGACGAGCAAGCUCGUCAAACGCAACAGCCAGAAACUAAACACGUACGGUUCGCUCAAGCAGCAUGACGCCGACGAUCUGGACGACGAAAAUGAGAUUCCUCCUGUCCCAGCCGAUCCCGCCGUUGCAGACGGUGAUCGCAAGGGUCGUGUUGUCAGUAACUCCGGAGCUGACAUCGGUCGGCAUGAUUUUGGAUCAGGCUCCUCCUUGGCGUAUGGUAAUUACAUCGCCAAUUUGGGUGUGGGACGACGACGCGAUGUGAGUGGAAAGAUCGCCGAGGAAGGUAGAGGUGGUGUGGUCACAGAGAGUCCGAAGCCGAUUAGAGCUGCUGGAUGGGCUCGCUUCGCUGGACUCUAG